AUGCCUCGCACGGCUACUCAUCUCACCUCGCUCUUGGUGACCUUAGGUUUCCUUGCAGAAAUCCUUCUACUUCCACAUUGCUCUCAUGCCAUUUCAGUCAACAGAAGUGCCUUGCAGCAGGUCCCUGCACGAUGCCGCGAGGAUCAGGCUGCCGCGCUCCUCGGGGUGAAGCGUUCCUUCAACUUCAGCAGUCCCUACCUAUCGGCCACCACGACACUGUCAUCAUGGAGAGAGGGCACAGACUGCUGCAGCUGGGAGGGCGUUGGCUGUGACAAUGUUACCGGGAGGGUCACUGCACUCGACCUCCCGGAGCGGAACCUGUAUGUCGGCGACUUCCACGCUUCCCUCUCCAGGCUUACCUCUCUCCGGUACCUCAACCUUGCCUCCAACUGGUUUACCAGCUCCCAGCUUCUGAUGUAUGGUUUCGAGAGCUUGACACAGCUGACCUACCUCAACCUGUCACAUUGCAAAUUUGUUUCUCAGGUCCCAGUGAAUAUCUCACGGCUAACCAACCUGGUCACCCUUGACCUUGGCAACACUGGCAUGAAGUUUGAUCUCCAUCCAUCGACCAUAAUGGCCAACCUUAGCAAGCUGAAGGAGCUCCAUCUCGAUGGUGGUGGCAUAACCAGCACAACACCAGAGUUCUUCAAGGCACUUGCCAGCCACUUCCCUCUUCUUGAGAUCCUUAGAUUAGGCUGGUGUGGCCUCUCUGGUCCAAUCCACCCAUCCUUAUCAAGCCUCCACUCUCUAACGGUGAUUUAUCUUGGUGCAAAUUCUUUAACCGGUCCUCUGCCUGAUUUGUUCACUCCUUCCAAUUUCCCUUUUCUACGAGAACUUGUGCUCGGUGGUAACAACUUCGAGCCUGGAACAUUCCCUCUUGGGAUCACUGGGCUUAAGAAUCUCAUGGUCCUCGACCUUUCAGAGAUGAACCUCAUGGGGCCCCUCCCCGACUCCUUUGGGAACCUCAUGUCACUCACUGAAUUACACAUCAGUGUGAACAGCUUCUCCGGCAGGCUACCUUGGGCCCUCAGCAAUCUGACAAACUUGAUCAUAUUGGACUGUCAGCAUUCUGGUUUGUCUGGGCAGAUUCCAUGGCUUACAAGCUUGACACGACUUGAAAGCGUAUCGCUCGCCAACAACAACUUCACAGGGCCGGUUCCUCUUGAUGGACAUAUGUACCCACAUCUCACAGAGGUGGAUUUAAGCAAUAAUUCACUGUCGGGGACAGUUCCAGCAUCCUUGUUCACUCAGCCAGCAUUGCAGACACUGCAACUCGAGGCAAAUCAACUGUCUGGUGCUAUUGACGAAUUCCAAAAUCCAUCAGCUACACUGACCUUGGUUGACUUGAGCUACAAUCAGUUGACAGGUGCAGUUCCAACUUCAUUUUCGUAUCUCACUGCUCUUCAGACCCUGGAACUUGAGCACAACAAUUUCACGGGUACCUUGGAUCUAAACACAUUCUUGAGGCUAAGGAACCUCAGUGAGAUAUCAGCCUCCUAUAACCCAUUGUUAUCUGCCUCAGGGGAUGGUAAUGAAGUCGAAGCUUAUAGUAAUAGCAGUCUUUCUAGCCUGGACCUAGCAUGUUGUAACCUAACAAGGUUGCCCCUUGUGGUUAAAUAUCUACCUGAACUACAAUAUUUGGAUCUCUCUUCCAAUCAAAUUCAUGGUGAAAUACCUGACUGGAUUUGGAGAAACAUGAGCUCCUUGAACCUCUCUCACAACCACUUCACCACCGUGGGUCAGCCCCAACACUAUGUUACUAUAAGGUUAUCCAUCGAUCUUAGCUUCAAUAUGCUCGGUGGCGCUGUGCCUUUCCCUUUAGGUGCGUCCGAUCUUGACUUCUCAAACAACAAAUUCUCGUCCAUCCCUCCAAGCAAUUUCCUCCAACAGUUUGAGGUCGCCCUGUCUAUCAACCUUGCGAACAAUGAACUGAGUGGGGCUAUCCCCUACUCAGAAUGUCAGUCGGGCUAUCGUGCUCUCCAAAUACUCAACCUAUCCGGCAAUAAUUUCAGUGGGUUGGUGCCACCUUAUUUGCUCAAAGGUUGCCAUGAACUCGCUGUGUUGAACUUGAGGGGAAAUCGCCUUAACGGAACAUGGCCUGACGAUAUCGAUGAAUCAUGUAACCUGAGGCUGAUAGACUUACAUGGAAACCACAUCCAGGGGCGCCUGCCGAGAUCAUUGGCUCGGUGCCAGUACUUGCUAGCUCUUGACAUUGGAGGGAACCGUUUCGUGGACUCUUUUCCUGUAUGGUUAGGUCAGCUACAGGAGCUCCAGAUACUUGUGUUGAGAUACAACAAUUUUCAUGGCCCACUGAGCAUCCCUUCUCUUGUGCGGAACAAUUCGACUGCCCGUUUCUUCUCCCGUGUACAAAUCAUUGAUCUUGCAGGAAACGGCUUCAGUGGUGAUCUACCACCAGAUUUCUUCAAGAGUUUCAAUUCCAUGGUUUGGGACCCAAAGGGAGUUGCAGAAUAUGAUAAUAUAGUUCUUGUGGAAGAUGGAAGAUCGAUUUAUCAGGUGGCGGUUGAUGUGGCCAUGAAACAACAAUACAUGAGGGUGGCAAAUGUCCGUACUGAGCUGGUGGUGAUUGAUCUGUCGAGCAAUCAGUUCAGCGGCUUCAUCCCAAGAUCAAUCGGAAACCUCACAUUACUGCAUGUGGUAAACUUGUCACGCAAUGCCUUCAGUGGCAAGAUCCCACGCGAGCUCGGUCAGUUGGCCCGGAUGGAGUCACUGGACCUCUCAUGGAAUCAUCUCACGGGGAAGAUUCCGCAGGAGCUGGCCACGUUGACGACCCUAGAGUGGCUCAACGUCUCCUACAAUGAUCUCAGUGGGAGGAUACCUUCAGGCAGUCAGUUUUCCACAUUCACCAGUAGCUCGUUCCAGGGCGGAAACAGAGGGUUGUACGGAUGCCCACUUCUUGUGAAAUGUAACCUUACAUUCGUGCCUUCGCCAUCUUCGUUGCUCCCGACUCCCGUGCCAGAAGGAUCACUAUUUGAUGAUAUCGUGUUGUGGCUUUUCGUAGGUGUAGGCUUCGGAGUCGGAUUUGCGCUGACAAUUGUAUUGCAGGUUGUUUGCAGUGGUCGUCGCAAGAAAAUAGCACGCAGCUAG